AAAAAAGUAAAACACCAAAAAGUAACCGUUUGAGAUCGUGGGCUGUGGUGCUUCCCUUUGGUACAAAGACUCGAAUAGAAGAGUACACAACUGGGCAUGCACUUACAUGAAGGAACGAAACGAACACCUCCCAUGGCUUCUCUUCCUCCUCAUUCAUCCAUCAGUCUUUCUCAACCAUUACCAGAAACCUGCUCCUCCUUCUGCGGCCACAUAAAAAUUUCUUUCCCUUUCGGCCUCAGCCCCAACUGUUCCCUCCCUGGUUUCCAACUCUCCUGCAAAUUCCGCCAACCACCACUUCCUCCUCUCCUUUCCCUCCCCGGCACCAAACUCCGCAUCCUUAACAUUUUCAACGGCGAACUCCGCAUCGAUUCAUCCCCCUUCAUUGCCUCCCACUGCGCCGGCGACCACAUCACCCUCGCCCAUCUCACCCUUCCUCAAACCGGCCCAUUCACCUUUUCGGGUUCCUCGAACCGCUUCAUCGGCAUCGGCUGCGACACCGCCGCCGUCAUCUCUGACGGCGAUGGCAAGUUCACAAGCGGCUGCGUCUCACUCUGUCCCAGCCCAGAGAGGAUUCCGGGCGCCACAGUAGCAGGAGACUGCUCUGGCGUCGGAUGCUGUGAAGCUGCAGUUCCUUAUGGAAGGAGGCGUCUAAGCCUCGGCGCAAGCAGUGUUUUUGGCUACGUUAAUGUCUCGGCGUUCGACAACUGCAGUUACUCCUUUGUGUCGGAAAACGGUGCGUACGAGUUUAAGUUGGAGGAUUUGAGGGAUUUCAAGAGCAGAGCGAACGUAUCUGCGAGGCUGGAGUGGGCGAUUGGCGACGGCGCCGGGUGUUCCAGCCCGCAUUUCUGCGGGGAAAACAGCUACUGCGUGUCUUCGCCAAGAGGUAGUGGGUAUCUCUGUAAUUGCUUGCAGGGGUUCAAGGGGAACGCAUACUUGAAUGGCUCUUAUGGCUGCCAAGAUGUUAAUGAGUGCAUGAACCCGAACGCUAGCCCAUGUGUCCCCGAAGCUCGCUGCCAGAACUUGGUUCCUGGGUACAAAUGUUCUUGUCCUUUUGCUACAACUGGGGAUGGAACCAGGAAUCGAUCUGGUUGCAGAAAGAUUUUUCCAAUUGUUGAAGCCAUUCUAGGAACUGCUCUCGUGAUUGGAGCAAUUCUUAUAUUAGGGCUCUGGAUCUACUUUUCACAAAAGCAGAGAUCGCUUAUCAAACAAAGGGAGCAAUACUUCAGAAAGAACGGCGGCCUCCUUUUGCUGAGACAGCAAUUAUCCAUCAAUGAAGGCUUGGCUGACAGCUCUAGAAUCUUCUCCUCCGAAGAGCUGCAGCGAGCCACCGCAGGCUACAGCGACACCCAUAUCAUUGGCACUUCUAGCUACGGCAAAGUAUACAGGGGCAUCCUCGAUGACGGGAGGACGGUUGCCGUAAAAACGUUAAGAGCAAUGGAGCGCUCCCAGAUCGAACAGUUCGUCAACGAAGUCGUCAUCCUUUCAAAUAUCAACCAUCAAAACAUCGUAAGGCUUAUCGGCUGCUGCCUUGAAACUAAAUCUCCAAUGCUGGUCUACGAGUUCGCAGCCUAUGGAAGUCUGUACAAGCAACUGCAUGAGAGAGACUUUAGCCAUGGUAGCCGACUGUCAUGGAAGGAUAGAGUGAGGAUUGCCCUUGAGACUGCUGAGGCGCUUGCUUUCCUGAAUUCGGCAGCAUCCAUAUCAAUCUUGCACCAAGAUGUUAAAUCGUUGAACAUUUUGUUGGAUGAUAACUUCACCGCCAAGAUUGCAGAUUUCGGUAUCUCAAGUUUGGUUCUUGCGGACCAGACCGAAAUGCCUCCUUUAGGGCAGGGGAGCUUUGGGUAUUUGGAUCCUGAGCACUUUCAAUCGAGCCAGUUGACUGCGAACAGCGAUGUUUAUAGCUUCGGGAUCAUAUUAGUUGAGCUUCUGACGGGUCAGAAGCCGAUUUCAAUUUCGAUGGAGAGACCGAAGGAAGAUGGCAAUCUGGCAAUGUACUUUCUGUCCUCUCUUAAGUGCAAGGAGUUGAAGUGA